UUAUGUCGCGUACAUCAAUGUCUGGCCAUGACCGUGUAGGAAGAACUAGUGUUCUCUCUCCUAAUGUGUCUUUCCUCCGUUCCCGUGACGUCGAUUGAGCCAAUGAAGCGGGUGCAUGCAUUGCGCGACCCUUGCCUUCACCCACACGGAGAAAGGAGCAAAAAUUCCUUCUUCCAUGCCUUCGCCGUCACCGACCGAGCUAGUUUCGCCUUGUUGCUGGGGCGCUCCUAAACAAAACACCGGUCUCGGUUGCGACGCUCGCAUUUAUUACGCACUGACAUGGCUCAAGUGCUGAACUACGGUGCUCUCAGGGCUGCUGGGGACGACAGACCGUCUGAGACGACGAAAUCGGCUUCGAAGAGAAAAGGUACUGCGGAUACGGGCCGGUUUACGGGCACCGUCAAAGUGGAAACGUGCGAAGUGACCGAUCUGAUGGACCCAAUCGAUCUGCAAGCGCCGGAUGACGUGAGAUUUUCGAGGGACUCGUACUUGUACUACCUCGCCCUCAGCGUCGACGGCAUGUUCAUCAGUCGUUCGAGCACUAAACCGCCGGGGACGACCGCUUGGAACGAGUCUCUCACGGCCGACGUCCACGGCGCGCGAAGCCUGGCUUUCACGGUGUUUCGCGUGGCGACGCCAACUUCGGACGACUUGCCGGUUGCUAAGGGCAGCGUCACCUUCGACGAGCUCGUGGAAGCGACGAAAAGAACAAGUGGCCACGACAGCGACGUUUGGAUUGACCUCAAGCCCGAAGGGAAACUACAUGCUGUCAUCAACCUUGUACGGGGAGAAAAUGUGGCAGAAGAGUACCAACAUGAGUCGAGGGAACGGCAGGCGCUCCUCCAAUGCCAGAGUGCCGCACGGCAGAAGGUGCACGAGGUCAACGGCCACAAGUUUGUAGCCACGCUUCUGCGGCAGCCCAGCUUCUGCUCCUGUUGCCAUGGCUUCAUCUGGGGCAUUGGAAAGCAAGGGUACCAGUGCAAAGCCUGCACAUGUGUUGUUCACAAGCGAUGUCACGCGAUGGUGAUCACCAGAUGCACGAGUACGAGCGAAAGCAUUGACGACGAGUUGGCUGCUGGAAGCGAGCUUAAUGCCAACAACCCACAUCAGUUUGCUGUUCGAAGCUACAGACGGCCGACCUUCUGCGACCACUGUGGGACAAUACUGACUGGCCUGACUGAGCAAGGGGUGCAUUGCAAAGCAUGCCGCCUGAAUGUGCACAAACGAUGCCAAAGGAACGUUGCCAACAACUGCGGGAAUGCGAUGAUGUUUAGUGAUGUGGCUACCUCUGGUAGUAAACAUAAGAUUUUGUAAUUUGUGACUGCACCUGAGCAAUUGAAGUGACAAGCGUUGAAGUGAAGUUGUUGACCAUACUGGACUGCUCGAAGAUGCAGCCGUCCAGUGAUUGAACUGCUUUUUGCACAAUGAAAGACAGCGAAGGAGGUUUUUGAUAUUAUAAGCAGCAGCUGACAUUGUUUGCUACACUCAAAAGGAAAAAAAAUAAAUAAAGGGAUCUAAGGAGCCCAAUAUUUUGUUACCCACAAAUGUACGAAAAA